AUGGAUGGUGAAGAUGACAGCUUGUGGAAUCCACACGUUCGAGAGUCCGAAGAGGAAAUGGCUGCUCGAAUGGUUCUUUUUAUUAAAUGGCUAUGGACAAGGCCAGAACAAGAGAUUGUGAUUGUGAGUCAUGGCAUAAUACUUCAACAAAUACUAAAUGUACUUGAAAACGACUGUCAUCCAACAGCUAGAACAGCUUUAUGCAAACGCUUCGACAAUUGUGAGCUCCGUUCCGUGGUCAUCGUCGACAAAAGCUUGAAGGUAGCGGAUUCACAGCUUUGCUCACCAAGAAAUGCUGCAAAAGAGACUGUGUUAAGAGAGGAAGUUUCCGUCUGAUUCGACUCAAGUUACUUUGACAACUCACUGUUGAUAUGAAUUCUCCAGGAUCUUUAAUCUGGUUAGUCAAAAGAUUCAAUUGUCUUAAAGCUAGUUUGACCCAUAGAAGUCCAUUUCUAUUGUAAUUGGAUUGGAAUGAUUUCACUAGGAUGUUGCAAUAAGAAAUGAAAAUGUGUUAAAAUAAAAACAAGUAGUAAGAUAGGAGUUUUAAUCUUACUGUAUUAUUUUAUCUAUUUGAUGUUGAUUAGAUUAAGAUGAUUUCUAUUCGACUUUUAUUAGAAUAAAAUUUUAAAACUAUAAAUAGA